AUGGGCAUAGAUGACAUCCCCAACUUCAAAGAUAAAGAAGAUCUAGGAGACGUAUUAACGCCAGUCAAUAUCAAAAGGUGGGAAGUGUUUGUAGAUGGAUCCUCAAACAAUGAAGGCGCAGGGAUUGGGGUAGUAAUCACAACACCAGCAGGACAAAGAAUGAUUCACGCAUUCAGAUUGGAGUUUGAAAAGCACACCAAUAACGUGGUUGAAUAUGAAGCUGUAGUGCAUGCUCUGAAGUUAAUAUUGGAAUUAGGAAUAUCAAAUGUCCGACUAACUAGUGAUUCACAGCUAGUGAUCAAACAGAUUGACCUCCAAUACCACACUUUAGACGAGACAAUGGAAGCAUAUAUGAAUAUGGUUCAAAAACUCGCGUCUCAAAUUGAAGACAUUACUUUUAGACACCUAUCUAGAAAAUACAAUAGACAUACAGAUGCCCUUGCAUUCAUAUCAUCCAUGCUGAGAGAUCCAGAAGUAGAGGAAAUAAAAAUUGGGAGGAUAUACGAACCAUCAAUCCAACAAACUCCACUUGUUGCAGUUACAGCUGAAAGUGAAGAUGAGGCCAUCAGAGAAUACAUACAUGAUGAAGCAGAUACGGAGAUGCCAGAUCCCGCACAAGAAAGAAUAACCCCGAAUAAUCCUAUCUAUCAUCCCGUAUCAGACUGGCAGAUACCAAUUCACUCUUUUCUAGAAGAUGAAACACUUCCUACGGGAUAUUUGGAGGCCAGAAAAGUCGCAAUGAAAGCAACUAACUACCAACUCCGAGAUGGGAUUCUGUACAAAAAAACCUUUUUAGGGCCAUUGUUACGAUGCUUAUCAAGAAGUGAAGGCUACGAAAUAUUGAAAGAUAUACACUAUGGGGAUGCAGCAAAUCAUGCAGCAAGAAGAUCACUAGCAUUAAAAUCCAAAGCACAAGGAUACUACUGGCCGACAAUGAAUGCCGAUGCUGCGGACAUGUCAAAAAGAUGCGAAGAAUGUCAGAGAUGGACUCGCAAGAUCAGAGCACCAACGACAGAACUGAAUUCGGUGUUAAGCCCAUGGCCGUUCUUGAAAUGGGGAAUAGAUAUAGUGGUGCCAUUUAUUCCAGGAACUAAAAAGAGGAAAUACCUCAUUGUAGCUGUUGAUUAUUUCACCAAGUGGGUUGAAGCAAAAGCAACGGCAAACAUUGCAGAUACUGACAUCUUCACGUUCGUUUUUCAGAAUAUAAUCUGCAAGUUUGGAAUUCCAGCAGAAAUAAUCACAGAUAAUGGUGCUCAAUUUAAAGGGAAACAAAUUAAGAUUCUGCUGGAGACUUUCAAAAUUCAGAUGCACAAAUCAACACCUAUUUACCCACAAAGCUACGGGCAGGUUGAAGCAGCUAAUAAAGUCAUAGUUCUCAAUAUUAAAAAGACCCUCGAUGGACACAAACAUAAUUGGUGCGAGCAACUACAUAACACACUCUGGGCGUACCGCACAACAAGAAGAGAACCAACGGGGGAAUCUCCAUUUCUGCUAACCUAUGGGGCAGAAGCUGUCAUACCAACAGAAAUCAUACUUCCAACGACAAAACCGAGGCAUGGAUGA